AUGUACAAUAUUACAGCCUGGGGCGACGGAUUUGGGAAGGAGGGGGAGGGUCGUGGUGAGCAGGUUGCAAUCAGUCUGGCCCUGUGGAGGGUGCACUGCGCGCCUCCAGAGAAGGUCCACGGCCUCCUGGUGCUGAAACCCAUGUCCCUCCGCCGGCGAAACGUUUGUGCAGAGCGAAUGAUGAGAUGGGGGCCAGAAGGGAGCCGAGAAGGAGAGAAGACACAGGCAAGCUGCAACUCCCCCAACUCGUCCCGGAUCGAUCGUCGUUCCAACCGCGCAGAAUGGAGCCCAGAUGGUUUGCACACUCACACGAAGCACACACCACCAGAUUGCGUUGUUACAUCGGGUGGUUUACUAGGUGCAAAAGGGUGGGAGUAG